UAGUGGUGAAUGUCCAUAAUGACAGCUCGCUAACUGUGAGUUCACGCGAGAGGCGGGCCGGCCGUGUGUAGGCCGUCACUGAGCCGGCUGCUGCUGCUGCUCCGGGGUCCCGGUGAUACCCCGCCGCACGUGUAGCGCAGAGAGACGGCCGCCGGUACAAUGAGCAGCCGGGUGUGUAAGAGCUGCGGCUGCACGGAUAUAGAUGUUGACGCGGCCCGGGGAGAUGCCGUGUGCACCGGCUGCGGCUCGGUGCUGGAGGAUAACAUCAUCGUGUCCGAGGUGCAGUUUGUGGAGAGUGGAGGCGGCGUGUCCUCGGCGGUGGGACAGUUCGUUUCGUCCGAGUGCAUUGGUAAAGCCCCUACAAUCGGCGGUGGAUUUCACACAAAUUUGGGAAAGGAAUCUCGAGCCCAAACGCUACAAAAUGGAAAGCGGCAGAUCCAUAAUCUGGGAGUGCAAUUGCAGCUCAACAAACACUGCUUGGACACUGCCUUUAACUUCUUCAAAAUGGCUGUCAGCAAGCACCUCACACGUGGCAGAAAGAUGAACCACGUCAUAGCAGCCUGUCUGUACCUGGUCUGUCGGACAGAAGGAACUCCCCAUAUGUUACUUGAUCUCAGUGACCUCCUCCAGGUGAACGUGUAUGUCCUGGGGAAAACCUUUCUUCUGCUGGCCAGAGAGCUCUGCAUUAAUGCUCCUGCUAUAGACCCCUGCCUAUAUAUUCCGCGAUUUGCGCACAUGCUGGAGUUUGGAGAUAAAAAUCAUGAAGUAUCCAUGACUGCUAUGAGACUGGUCCAGAGGAUGAAGCGGGAUUGGAUGCACACAGGCAGACGGCCAUCUGGACUCUGUGGUGCCGCUCUCCUGGUUGCAUCACGAAUGCACGAUUUCCGACGCACUAUUAAAGAGGUCAUCAGAGUUGUGAAGGUGUGCGAAUCUACCCUGAGAAAGAGGCUGACAGAAUUUGAAGACACUCCAACAAGUCAGUUAACAAUAGAUGAGUUUAUGAAUAUAGAUUUGGACCAGGAAUGUGAUCCUCCUUCCUUCACCGCUGGUCAAAGAAAGGUCCGCUUACAGCAGCUUGAACAAGAAUUGGCAAAAAAGCUGGAUGACGUGGAAGGAGAAAUCACAACUUAUCAGGACGAAAUUGAGAAUGAGCUGGAGAGUAGCAGGCCAAAGCCCCGAGGAAUGUACGCCUCUUACAACAAAGAUGAAGACUCAUCCAGUAUAUUUGGAGACGAUGACCAAGAGGACGAGGAGCUGGAAGUCUCGGCCAACCACCUAAACAAGGAUUUUUACAAUGAAAUCGCAGAGAAGGCUGAAUUAGAACUCUAUGGGCCUACUAUAAAGCCACUUCCUAUAGAAUCUCUUCUGGGCCCUCUCCCUACUGCAGCAAGCUUGGGGAUCACAGAUUCAAUCAAGGAAUGCAUUGAUAUCAAGGAGCAAGAGAAGGGUGACAGUGAAGAAGAUGGAGAGCUGGACCUUAAUGGGAUUGACGACAAUGAAAUAGACAGGUAUAUUCUCAAUGAGAAGGAAGCUGAAAUCAAGAAAGAAUUAUGGAUGAGAGAGAAUGCGGACUACCUGCGGGAACAAAAGGAAAAGGAAGAGAGAAUUGCUAAAGAAAAGGAGCUUGGUAUUUAUAAGGAGCAGAAGCCAAAGAAGUCCUCCAAACGUAGAGCCCCCAUACAAGCCAGUACAGCUGGGGAGGCAAUUGAGAAGAUGCUGGAACAGAAAAAAAUCUCCAGUAAAAUUAACUACGAUGUGCUUCGGGAUCUGAACAGCAAGGGAAGCGACCCUCAAAAACAGGAGAACAGCGAGCAUGAAGAAAGCAUCACUGAAAGCAAACUCGCCCGCAGGAAAUCCGCUGCCAACAGGAGUUUACCCUGUUCCCUCAACAGCACAAACAAAAGAUUAAGACCAUCUGUUUCUACGCAACCACCUAAAAAGGCAGCACUUGAACAGGAAUCCUCUAACCUUCCGGAGACCCAAUCUAGUGUAGUGGUGGAAAGCGGACCAGUCGCAUACAACCACGAGGAAGAUGCAGAGGAAGAGGAGGAGGAAGAGGAAGAACACUGUGUCAGUGCGCUUCAGUUAAUGGGGGGUAACGAUUAUGGCUGCGAGCUGGAAGAUGACGAUGGAUAUUGAUUAAUGUCGCAUGGAUAACAAUGAAGCUCGAUUUCAAGUGAUCUUGUAAUAUAUGGACUUGGAUCUAAUAUGCUGUUCUGUGACCAGCUCGAUUACACAAAGUAGUUAGAGUUUUGUAAUACAAUAAACUUUACAAAAUUCUAUAUUUUUGGGGCCAGUUGGUAUUGGCCUUACACCCAUAUAUUUGUUGGGUUUUAGUACUUGAAUUUCUUUUUUUUAAUUAUUAUUAUUAUCCUGUAAUCAUGUCUAGAUGCAUCAGUUCCUGAUAGUAACCCCACAAAGCAUGGGGUAAAACAAUAAUAUACAUUGUGUUAUAUGAAAUCUGUAACAACGGUGCAGGUCAUCCAAGGUAUAUCUAGUCUGCUUUAUGGCGUGGCCAUAUGCUACACACAUCAUAUUUAUUACUGACACACACAGGCCCUCAGUCACUGUUGGUCUAACGGUAAAUGGGGCAAGUUAGAUAAGAUACAGUAGAUCCAUAGCUAUAUAUUUACAGAUCUGUCUCUUCUCCAUAAGCAGCUGCCUACGUUUCCCCAGUGAUUGCACCACUGCUUGUUAGGGUAGGUGAGGCCCACGCAAGGAUCAGUGUAGCUUCUCAGCCUUAGUGCUGCACAGGACCCUCAGAUUGUGCUGGGACAUAGGCCCUGGGGGUACACCGUCCCUGCCUUAUAGCACCUGCAGACUGUAGAGCCACCCAGAGCGAGUGCUCUACUUCCUGGUGCCGGCAGCUUCGGCGUGACGUUAUAAUGUUACGUGUUCGGGGGAGGCACAGAGUCCGGCAUCAGCACUGCUGCUUAUAGAUAUGGAAGCUUAUUGGUAGGCUGAAAUACCCAAUCAGAACGUUCUGCACGCUGCCUACUUGUCUGGGUUGAACGGUGACCUCACUUACACUACAUACAUGUGACGGGAUAAUCAUUUCACCUCUUUCUGUCUGUCUGUCUGUCUUUCUUUCUUUCUUUCUUUCUUUCUUUCUUUCUUUCUUUCUUUCUUUCUUUCUUUCUUUCUUUCUUUCUUUCUUUCUUUCUUUCUUUCUCCCUCCCAGUAUACCCAAAGUAAUUCUAAAUUGUAUAUUGUUCAUCACAUUUUAGCUGCUGUUAGUGGUUUACAACUCUGCGCAUAGAACAAAACACACGUUUCUCUGACUUACGACACAAUUUUCUGGAGCAAUGUCUGUUCCUUUCCAUUAUUAAAAAGCUUUCAGGGUUUCUUUUGUUAAAUGAAUGUAUAAAGAGCCUCAUUCAUAAUAUAUACUAACCAUAACUCAUGGAGGGACGGGUCUUGUCAUCUCCAGAAACAUGACUGUCAGUUCUGUUUUACCCAUCCUGACUAUUAUUUUGUACUUGUCUUGCAUUCCUUGUAACUCACAGACAAUGGUUUUGUUACUCCUAAUUUAUAUAUUUUUUAAUUACCAUCAACUUUGCAUCUGUUUCCUUUACAUACCUUUGCUGUAAGUUACAUUCGCCUUUUAUACUUGUUCCCCCAAGAAUAAAUGAGUAAAUGUAUUUGUUUAUAA